AUGGUCAACAAACCUCACGCUCCCAGGAGCAGUACCAAGUCAAGCAAGAAGACAGCUUCGACCGCCGCGACCGCAAAUGGCGAAGAUACGAGCUACAUAGUCUUCUCCAACGGCAAGGACUCGAAGAAGAGCAAGAAGAACGAUCUCACACCACCAGCCGCUGCCAGUUCUGCGGCUCCUGCUAAGGGCAAGGGAAAGAAUGCUGCUCCUGAACUGGAUGUCGCAGGCGACCCUGUCAAGAAACCCGACACAAGGACCCUGAUCGGUGGACAAUCAUGGACAGGAAAACUACCCGUCAACAUGCUCUCCGAGCACUGUCAGAAGCAGAAAUGGGAGAGGCCUGAAUACACUAUGCAUCGCUCGUCAGAUCCGCCAGGUCAGAUUGCAUCCGUCAUCCUACGCUGGAAGAACCCAAAGACGCAGGAAAUGGUUAGGCUACCACCCAUGUCGCUUCCUCCGGCGAAGAGGUCACUGGGUGUACAAGAGACAGCUGUGGAAGCCAGACACUUUGCCGCUACCUAUGCGCUGUACCGAGUCGCCAACGCGAAGAACUUACACAUGAUGAUGCCGCCAGAUUAUCGCGACUUGUGGAAGGGAGAAUUCGCAGAGAUGAGAAAGGAGGCCACGAAAGAGGGCAUGGGAUGGCUGUAUGCUGCAGAUCCUUUCCAGGCGCGAAAAGAAUGGGAUGAUGAAAGAGCUGCGAAAGAAAAGAAGAGACUUGAGAGGGAGAAACAGAUGGAAGCCGAGAAGAAGGAUAACAGUACGCCUGGCGUGAACAAGAACCCUGGAAAGGGCUGGACAAGAGCCCCAAAAGUCGAAAUGGGCAAGAAAAUGCGCAGAGACGUUGAAGCCUUGGUCAGACAGGCUGCUCCGUGGAAUCCUCAUGGUGUCACUCUAUCCAACGCCGAGAAGAAGCAUAUUGUCCAGGAUCUGUCAAAACUCGGCUUCCGCCCUGCUCACGUUGAAGAAGCGACGGAAAUCUGCAAGGACCGUGAAGAGACUAUUGAAUGGCUGCUGAUUCACGUUCCGGAGGACGAUCUGCCGAAAUGGAGUUUGCCUGAAAACUAUUCUGCUGGUGUCUCGAUGGCUAGUAGCGAUCUUGCACGCGAAGGCAAACUGAAACGUCUUGCGAUCACUGGCUAUGCAAUGGAGCUUUGCGAAGAAGCGCUCGACGAGGCCUCGGGCGAUGAAGCCAAGGCAGCUGGGGGACUACAACACAGACUUCUGGGCAGCCGGGACUCAUCAGCCCUUGCCUCUACUACUGAUAGCCUGAAUCUCUCGCACGAUAUAGAGGUGUGGGAGGAAGAGCAAGUCAUCCUGGCUUCAAUCUACAGCGACAGAUAUAAGUCAACCAAGACUUCCUGUCAGAUUGUCUUAGAGGUUGCCGACAAGCCGAAAGAGCGCAUAGUCCUCCAUGCUCGGAAACCAAGCGCUGGAUAUCCAAAUGUCGUCCCUGUUCUGUCCAUUGAGGCCGCUUUGCCAGCAUACAUCCGUUUGAGUAUACUCAAGCAAGUCCUACUGCAAGCUCAGUCCGACUUCCUCGGCGAGCAAAUGCUCUUCAACCUUGUCGAUUGGUUGGAGCAUGAGAUCCCAAACAUCAUUGCCAAUCCUGGUAGACUCAGCAGCAUUGCUUCAGUCUCUUCAACUUCAGCUGAGCCCGACGCCGAGAUUGCAAGCCGUAGACGUCAACGUCCAAGACGUAUGCCUAGACCUAUCAACUGGCAACCUUCAUCACAGCAAAGUCAGAGAAUGCUAUCAGACUGGCAGGCCAGACAGAACACGCCUGCACAACAACGUAUGAUGGUGACAAGACAAGGUCUGCCAGCCUGGAAAUUACGGAACACUAUUGUCGAAGCUGUCACAUCGUCACAAGUCACCAUCAUCUCUGGUGAAACUGGUUCAGGAAAGUCUACACAGUCUGUUCAGUUUGUCCUUGAUGACAUGAUUAGACAAGGGCUCGGAGAAGCGGCGAACAUCAUCUGUACACAACCUCGCAGGAUUUCUGCUUUGGGAUUGGCAGAUCGUGUCGCUGAUGAGCGUUGUGUCAAGGUUGGUGAAGAGGUUGGAUAUUCCAUCAGGGGAGAAUCAAAGCAGAAGCCUGGUACUACGAAGAUCACCUUUGUUACCACUGGUGUGUUGCUCAGACGACUGCAGACAUCUGGCGGCAAGCAGCAGGAUGUUGUCGAUGCUUUGGCUGAUGUCAGUCAUGUAGUUAUCGAUGAGGUCCACGAACGCAGUCUCGAUACUGAUUUUCUCAUGGUACUGUUGAGAGAUGUGUUGCAAGUUCGCAAAGAUCUCAAGCUUAUUCUGAUGUCUGCCACUCUGGAUGCAGAAAUCUUCAAGAGCUAUUUUGCAGGCAAUAUGUCUGUCAGUACCGUCGAGAUUCAAGGCAGGACCCAUCCUGUUCAGGACAUCUAUCUGGAUGAUAUCCUCCGCAUGACUGGCUUUGCCGGCGGCAUCACAGAAGAAGGUGACGAGGAUGGCGGCAAAGAGCCUACUAUGGGUGCAGCUCUCCGCAGCGUCGGCAUGAAGAUCAACUAUGACCUCAUCUCCGACACCGUACAAACCAUCGACGAGCAGUUGGGCUCACAAGACGGCGGUAUUCUCAUCUUCCUACCCGGUGUAGCAGAGAUCGACCGCACGCUCAAGACACUACAACAUCUCCAUCACAUCCACGCUCUGCCCCUUCACGCUUCCCUCCAACCAGCAGAGCAAAAACGUGUCUUUCCUCCUGCACCAGCUGGCAAGCGCAAAGUCAUCUGCGCUACCAACGUUGCAGAAACCUCCAUCACAAUCGAAGACAUUGUCGCCGUAAUCGACAGCGGUCGUGUCAAGGAAACCAGUUUCGAUGCUGCAAACGGCAUGACCAAGCUCGAAGAAGUAUGGGCUUCUAGGGCGGCGUGUAAACAACGCCGCGGUCGUGCUGGUCGUGUUCGCGCAGGAACUUGCUAUAAAUUGUAUACCAAGCAAGCGGAAAGUACCAAAAUGGCUGAGCGACCGGAUCCUGAGAUCCUGAGAGUGCCGCUUGAACAGUUGUGUUUGAGUGUUAAAGCUAUGGGCGUUUUGGAUGUCCCUUCUUUCCUUGCGAGGGCCAUCACUCCACCUUCUACACUGGCGGUUAGCGGUGCUUUGACGACUUUGCAUCGCAUGGGUGCUUUGGAUGGUGCGGAGCUUACGGCUCUAGGUCGUCAUCUCAGUUCCAUCCCUGCUAAUCUCCGCUGUGGCAAGUUAUUGAUAUAUGGAGCUGUGUUUGGCUGUUUGGACGCUUGCCUCACCAUCGCAUCCAUUCUCACCGCACGCUCGCCUUUCGUAUCACCUCCAGCACGUCGCGAUGAAGCCAAAACAGCUCGUUUGACUUUUGCACCCGGCGGCCAAGGCGAUCUCCUCUGCGACCUCCGCGCCUUUGAACUCUGGACCCAGAAACGCGCUGAAGGCAUCCCCUCAUCAUCUCUGCGUCAAUGGUGCGAUGUAAACUUCCUAUCCACACAAACACUGUUUGAUAUUCAGACCAAUCGACGCCAAUACAUGUCUUCUCUUCAGGAAAUCGGGUUUUUGAAUAACGCUACCUCUGCAUCAAGCUCUACAGAUCACAAUGCCAGAAACAACAACACGGCACUCAUCCGCGCUUUGGUAGCCGCAGCCUUUUCACCCCAAGUCGCACGUAUAGAAUUCCCGGAUACAAAAUACGCGGCCUCGGUCUCUGGAGCCAUAGCUCUAGACCCGGAAGCAAAAACGAUAAAAUAUUUCAGAGAGCCCAAUGCUAUUGCUGCUCCUUGCCUCCCUGGAAAAUCCACACCCUCACAACCAGAGCAGGGAAAUUCGAGAUUGUUUAUCCAUCCCAGCAGUACCUUAUUCUCCUCGGCGCCGGGAACCAAUUUCCCACCGUCCACGGCGUUUUUGGCAUACUUCUCCCUCUUGUCGACCUCGAAGACAUUUAUUCGCGAUCUUACGCCUUUUAACGCGUACACUCUGCUCUUAUUCUCUGGGGAUAUUGCUUUGGAUACACAGAAUAGGGGGUUAGUGGUUGAUGGCUGGAUAAGAUUGAAAGGGUGGGCGAGAAUUGGUGUGUUGGUGGGGAGAUUGAGAAGUAUGUUGGAUGCAGUGUUGGAAGGCUUGGUGGAGAGACCGGGUGAGCAGUUGGGAGGCAGGGAGAAGGGGCUGGUGGAUUUGGUUGCUAGAUUGGUUGAAUUGGAUGGAUUGGAUAGGUAG